CCUAUCCAUGCGGUGAUGAAAAAGCUGUCAGCGAAAAGGCAAUUUGGAUUUUAGCAUUUUUCGAGUACGUCGUGGCAUCUUUCUCCCUGUUUGAAAUGGGUAAUCCAGCACGGAUAAUGCGCUUCCCCGGAAGAUGUAUUAGCUUGUAACGGUAUUCCACCCUGGGGGAUUCCUGGCUUGUGAUCGUUACAUGUAGGUAUUGAUUGCGGCUAAAGUAUCAGUGGCGGCUCGGCCACCAGCUAGCCCGCCAGAUCAGAUAUAUCCCAACACAGGCGACCUGUUAGCUCGGCAAGCUCUGAUUUGUAAGAGACGCCCAUCUGUCAAACAUACGUGUUGAGAACGUUCUGGCCGCCGUCCACCACAGCCGGCGAUAUAAAAGCCACUAUGAGCACGGUCCAAAGGGAGAGUGGAGGCAUUUUAACAUAACGGUCACCUCAAGAGACAGGUUUCCAGCUACAAGGAGCAGCGCGUGGGUGAGCGUGGAAGACCCGGAUAAAUGUUAUCACUUGUAUCACCAUAGCAUCGUUGGUUGCUCUGGUAUUAGCGGGGCUCCAAGAAUGCGCCAAAAGUCUUCGUGCUUUACAGCCUGGAUGACAUGUCCUAAAUGAUUCUCUACGAGAAAAAAAUAUGGAGGAUCAACCAGGAAUUUUGUGUGCUGUCCAGGAAAGGGAAUAAAUUGUUCAGGGAUGACUUAGGUACAGUCAGACGACAGCAUUAGCUACUAAGUCUUGGAAUGCUUUUCGGAUUUCCCCGGUGUUGGAGCGGAUAUAUCUGAGUCUAAGAAAUUCUUCUUCGUUCAUUAGACAUAAAGGAAUACAGAUCUGUUUUUCACUUGCUUAGAAUGGGAAACGGAACGUCUAGGUAAGAUGGAAAUAGUCCAGCAGCUUAUUCGACUGGUUAUUCUAUUCAAUUGUGGAGUGCGUCUUGUGACACCGAAACGGGAAAUAAACAUUAUAGGGUUUUUUUCCUACCAGUGAAGGCAAUGUUGGCCUGGGUGUGAUUCCGGCCGUGGAUUUGGCCUUAGGAAUGGUCAACGAUAAUAGCACCUUGUUGAAGGAUUACGAGCUUAAGAUGUACUUCAACGACAGUAAGUGUGAUAUGGCGGUAGCUACCAAGCUGUUAUUUGACACCCUUCAUGAUCGUAAGGACAACGCCAUGUUGUUUGGAGACGCCUGUUUCGAAGUCACGGGGCCCAUGGCACAGAUUUCAAAAUGGUGGAAUAUGUCACAGCUGUCGUAUGCGGAUACUAACCCCGUGUUGUCGGAUCGAACCAAGUACACAAAGUUGUUCCGAGUUGUACCAAGUGAUAGCGACUUCAAUCCCGCCAGACUUGCGUUGUUACGCCACUUCAUGUGGAGGCGCGUGGGGACAAUAUUCCAGGAUGCUUCUAAAGGAUCACCCAGAUAUGGUUACGCUCACAACCGUCUGGUAAGUCUCUUAGAGAACUCCACUAUACAAGUCCACAACCCUGAGAGCUACAACGCAGAGACGGCAAAUGACGUUCAGAACCCGAAGGGACAUCAUCAUCUCCUGCACAGGUCAGAGAACUUCACGUUCCAGGUGCCCAUAACUGACAGCUUCGCAGAUGACCCUGCCUCAGCCGUACAAAACCUCCUGGACCGAGAUGUAAGGAUUAUCUUGGGAAAUUUUUCUCCGAACAUGUCAAGGCGGGUCUUCUGUGAGGCGUACAAACGUAAUAUGUACGGAGCUAAAUAUCAGUGGAUCAUCUUAGGCGACUCGUCCAGCGCAGACUGGGGACAGCGCGUAGACCAGUCCGUUUCCUGUACAGAAGAUCAGAUAAAAACCGCCAUGCACGGGUUUAUAGCCACAGACAUGUUACCCCUGAGCAGUGGUGAUGAAGAGACCGAGUCAGAACUGACUCCACAAGAGUAUUUGACACUGUACAACAAGAAACGCGGAAAGGACUUCAGUCGAUUUCACGGCUACGCCUUCGACGGAGUCUGGGUGAUUGCUAAGGCUUUGGACAAACUGUUGAAGAACGCCCAAAUAGACGACUCUGACGAAGACUGGGAGAUGGUGUUCCGGACUCCUGAAAUGGAGGAAGCUUUGGAUGAAACUAAUUUUCAAGGCGUCACCGGAACUGUCAAGUUUCAGAAUGGUGACAGGAUUGGAAUGAUUGAAAUACAACAGUUUCAAGACGGAAAGUUGGUCAAAGUUGGCGAGUUCCAGAAAGAUGGCGACCACUUGACGUUAGAAGGAUACCACCCGUUAAUAUGGGCAGGUAACGGUCCACCAAGAGAUGGAUAUUUACAGAAAUCGGAGAUGCAGAGAGUAAACACGCCUAUCUAUGCCGCUCUAUGCGUCCUGUCCGGGAUCGGUAUCGUCAUGGCGCUUGUCUUCCUCACGACAAACAUCUACUUCCGCAAACAUCGGUACAUCAAGAUGUCCAGUCCCAACAUGAACAACAUCAUUAUCGUCGGCUGUAUUAUGAACUACAUCAGCGUGUUUCUGCUGGGUACAGAUGGCGGAUUGCUUCCCUCCAGCCGAUUUCCUCUUAUGUGUUCGGCACGUGCGUGGGUUCUAGCGGUUGGGUUUACAUUAGCCUUUGGGGCUAUGUUCAGCAAAACGUGGAGAGUACAUGCAAUCUUUACCAACAUCAAACUUAACAAGAAGGUGAUAAAGGACUACAAACUGUUCUUCAUUGUGUGUGUGUUGUUGUUGUUGGACGCUGUCAUCUUGGCGCUGUGGCAAGGAAUCGACCCGCUUCAGCGCUCAGUCAAGAGCCUUGCCCCAGAGAUCGUUGGUGACGUGGAGAUUAUACCUCUAAUAGAAUUCUGUCACAGUAAACACAUGACAGCCUGGAUGGCUACGCUCUACGUCUAUAAAGGUUUGCUCUUGGUCUUUGGAUGUUUUCUUGCUUGGGAGACGCGCCAAGUGAGCAUUCCGGCGCUGAAUGAUUCCAAGUACAUCGGGAUGAGUGUGUACAACGUGGUGAUAAUGUGCGUGUGUGGAGCGGCCGUGUCUUUCGUCAUCAAAGACCAACCCAACGCCGCUUUCAUCAUCAUUGGCUUAUUUAUUAUAUUUUGUACCACAAUAACCCUGUGUUUAGUCUUUGUGCCAAAGGUGGUAGAACUUCAAAGAGACCCGGAAGGAGAAGACAAGAGAGUUAGAGCGACGUUAAAAAAGCCUUCCAAACGAGAUAAGAACGGCGUCUCAGAUUUACACGACCGAGUCAAAAUACUUAGUGAUGAAAAUAUUAGAUAUAAAGAUAUACUGGAAGAGAAAAACAGAGAAAUACGAGAAUUAUUACGAGAGUUGGGAGAAGAUGUAAAUUCUUUCGAUUAUUCAAUAAAAUCGCCGAUGCACAAGUCGGUAUUAACACUGCGGCAAAAGACGAACCCGGACAUGUCGCCUAGUAAAGUUUCCAGAAGUUCCGCAGGUACCGAAGAUGAUAAUGCUUCUUUCUGCUCGGACUCAAGCCUCACUCAGCUGUAUAUAGACUCGCCUGAACAUCACAGACAUUCGUCAUACCUUCAUUCACGCAACAGUAAUUCCGUCACGGAAAGCAUUGAGCUCACGGAUAUCGGUCGCAAAAGUACAACGGGUAAGCUAUCACCAAUCAGAGAUUCUCGUGAAUACAUAGAGGUAGACAGUUACGAUCCCUACAGCGGGGUCUACCUGGGCCCCUCAGAACCGGAAGUGACGGUAGUGGAGAAUGUAAAUUACAGACCCCCAGCCACAGAGGAGCAUCCCAUCAUACAGCGGUACUCGGGGGUGUCCUUCCUGGAUGAGUGUCAGACAGGUCAUCCGGGACACCUAUCCGAGGACAGCGACCAGGAAGAGUCCGAACCAGACAACAAUAACAGUGUCCACAGUGGGGGCAGUUUACCAGUGGAUUUCGUGUCUGGUUCUGAAAAUGUUGAUCAGGACCACAAAGCAAGUGUUAUAGAAUGAAUAUUUGGUAAGAGAUAUAGAUUUGUUUGGACUGAUCUAAAAACUAACCCAUUUUAACUUGAUCUGCCUAAGUAAGAACUUUUUUCAGAUUCAAGGGCCCAGUUUCACCUAGCGGCGUACGACAUUUUUUAUCGUACAUUUGUCGUGCGAUAUUUGGACGUCACUCUUUUGUACCAUUGUCCUAUAUGGGCGAUUACCUUUGUGAAAACUCGUCUCUGUUGACAAUACAGGGACGUUUGUCCAGAUUUAGCCCACUUAAACUUUAGAAGGCGAUUAAGAUCAACCAAAAAGUUUACCUUUUCAAAGGCGGUAUUUAUUAAAACUUAAAACAGUCUCUGUUGUAAAAAUGUGACAAGAUUCUUCAAGUGGUUUUGUUCAGUUUGAGUGUAUAGGUUUCCGUUACUUUUUCUGAUUUUAUUCUGAGCUGAAUAUACGUGCAAAAAAAGCUACUAAAAUUGGUUUGUUUGGUUGUUUUGCGGUGCCAAUGUUUUACGUUAUUCCUGUUGUAUUGGUGCAUGCUAUGUUGUCUAAGCCGUGUUUCAAGUGACUGUACACAAGCUGCUUAAACUGUUCGUACCACCCAUGCGCAUUGUCUUCUUCCUGUUGCUUCUACUAACCACCUCCAGUGGCCACGUGAUGUAGCUAGCCUACUAACACCUAUUUAAUAUUUCAGAGCAUGAAGAUGACUUCGAUCCUACUACCUUCCUUACUAACAUAACACUGGUUGUGGUAUGUGGCAAUACUCUUUUCUUCGUUACAUUGUAACUCUACUAACAUUUGUUAUUAUCAUCUCUAUAUUUUUUUAUCAGUAAUUGCAUAUGUACAUAUUAUAUUGUUUACAUUCAUAUAGCUGUAUGCUGCAUUUCUGUCCUAACUAACAAGUACUAACCAACUGCCUACUUUUUACUAACAAAAACUAACAAGCUUUCGAUGUUUUGCAGCAUCUGCCAUGAGCUCGCAUCUAUUGUUUUCUCUCGAGGGAUAAUUGUUAGAAGAAUCCAAGACAUCUGUUUUCAUGACUGUUAAAUCCGCGGUCAGGCCACGACCGGAAGUUUGUAAUUAUCACUGCAUAUUAACUAAUAUUUAUCACUUGACAACAUAAAUGCGUGUAAUCAACGUAAUAACAUUCAUUUAUCAUAAAUACACACAAAAAAUGACUGUUCAUUUUUAACAGAAAGUCAGUUGUCUGAGUGAUUCCAGAAUAUAUUCUGCUGUAGCAGCAGAUUUUCCUGUAAAAUUUAACACUCGUGUUCUAUUAAUUCAACAUGAAGAUUAUAUCAGAACUAAAAGGAUAUUAUGACAGAAUAUUGUGUUAUAAUAACAGAUUACAUUCUAACAUCACUCAGACAACAGAUUUUCGGUUAAGAUUAACAGAUUAAUGUUUUUAUUGUGCCAAUUUGUAUAGGUUCCACUCAUGAACUAAAUCAUUAUACUCUGGGAUUAUCAAACACUUGGAAUUACUGGGAAAGACCGCUGUAUGGUUACCACUAAAGUUGGUGUCUGAAGAUCAAUCAAAACCUACAAAUCAUUUACACAUUAUGAAAUCUCCAUCUGUCUAAUUGCGUGCCAGAAAUUCUGUUCAUUUCAAUUAUUUUUACACCAUUCUCCAUAUGGUAAAUUUAUCUACUCCCUUUAAAUUAACUGUAUCAUGUAGAAAUGGUCAAUCUGAGUGUAAUAAAUAUUUCGAGGCAUACAAUUUUUAACUACUUAAUAACUUACGAAGACAAGCCUCAAAAUGAUGCUAGUGUUCUAGUAUAAAUCCUAAUUAGUACGCAUUGAAAUAUGCAUGGCAAAACAUGGUUUUGCCAACAAUUGUUUUGUUGAAAUUUCAACCAGCAUUGUAAAAUUCAUUGAUUAGCCUUUCAUGGAAUAUAUUAUAAGCGGAAAGGUCUACAUAAAGGGUAAGAUUUUCUUUUAAAACUGAAAAAAGUAUUUGUAUGAAUGAGAUAGUGCUUGGGGUUUAACGUAGAAUUUGUAUGAAAAACCUGGAAUACGUGUUAUUUGGUUAAGUUAAGUAUUUAUUACUUUGUCCAAAUAAUGUUUCCCUAAUUACUUGAGCCACUGUUUUUAAAAUCUAGGAAAAAGUCCUGAGGAAGAAGGGCUUCUCAGUGAACAGAUUGGCGAGAAUCAGUUCUGUGAGAUUCAGAGCGAAAGCGAAAGUGAAAAUGUCGAUAAUGACGUUGAUAAUACCGAGUG